AUGGCUCCUGCUGGCCUGAGCCUGGGGGCCUCCGUCCUUUGCCUCUUGGCCUGGGCUCGCCUGGCCACUGCAGACCGGGUGUAUAUACACCCCUUCCACCUCCUUGUUUACAGCAAGAGCAGCUGUGACCAGCUGGAGAAACCCAGGGUGGAGUCGCCCCCAGACCCGACCUUCACACCUGUCCCGAUUCAGGCCAAGUCGUCCGCCGUGGACGAGCAGGCCCUGCGGGAACAGCUGGUUCGAGCCACCCAGAAGCUGGAGGCCGAAGACCGGCUGCGGGUCGUGAAGGUGGGGAUGUUGCUCAACUUCAUGGGCUUCCACAUGUACAAGAUGCUGAGCGAGACACGGACCGCGGCCAGCGGGGCUGUACUCUCCCCGGUGGCUCUCUUUGGCACCCUGACCUCUUUCUACCUGGGGGCCUUGGACCCCACGGCCAGCAGACUACAGGCGUUCCUGGGUGUCCCAGGGGAGGAUCAGGGCUGCACCUCCCGGCUGGAUGGUCACAAGGUCCUGUCCGCCCUGCAGACCAUCCAGGGCCUCCUGGUGGCCCAGGGCGGGGCCGGCAGCCGGGCCAGGCUGCUCCUGUCCACGGUGGUCGGGCUGUUCACGGCCCCUGGCCUGCGCCUGAAGCAGCCAUUCGUGCAGGGCCUAUCUUCCAUCACCCCUGUCACCCUCUCCCGCUCGCUAGACUUGUCCAUGGACCCAGAUCUCGCUGCUGAGAAGAUCAACAGGUUCAUGCAGGCUGUGACGGGGUGGGAGAUGGGCAGGCCCCUGACAGCGGUCAGCCCAGACAGCACCCUGCUCUUCAACGCUUACGUCCACUUCCAAGGAAAGAUGAAGGGGUUCUCCCUGCUGCCGGGGCUCCAGGAGUUCUGGGUGGACAACACCACGUCAGUGUCGGUCCCUAUGCUCUUGGGCACCAGCACCUUCCACUACUGGAGCGACACCCAGAACAACCUCUCCGUGACCCGUGUGCCCCUCAGCGCCAAUGCCUGCCUGCUGCUCAUCCAGCCGCACUGUGCUCCCGACCUGCGGCAGGUGGAGGCCCUCACCUUCCAGCACAGCUUCCUGACCUGGAUGAAGAAUCUCUCUCCCCGGGCCAUCCGCCUGACCGUGCCCCAGCUGACACUGAAAGGGUCCUACGACCUGCAGGACCUGCUUGCCCAGACCAAGCUGCCCGCCCUGCUGGGCGCCGAGGCGAACCUGGGCAAAAUCAGCGAUGCCAACCUCAGAGUUGGAAAGGUGCUGCACAGCGUUCUCUUUGAGCUAAAAGCAGACGAGGGAGAGCAGCCCGCGGAGUCCGCACCACAGCCGGCUGGGCCCGAGGUCUUGGAGGUGACCCUGAACAGCCCAUUCCUGUUGGCCGUCUUGGAGCGAGACUCGGCCGCCCUGCACUUCCUGGGCCGCGUGUCCAACCCGCUGAGCGCCGCGUGA